AUGGAUGCCGAGGUGAGGAAUCGGUUAGAAGUUGUUUGGAAACGAUUGGACCUCGGGUUGUCCGAUUCGAAGCGUUUAGGGAAACAUAGUGCAAUCCGAGAUGGAAGAGUAGCUGGAAUAGUGCGAAAGUGGAAAUAUAGGACUAGAAAAGACGCCGAUGGGCCUUUUAGCAGAACGAAUAGGUUUUUACCCCAAAAAAUGCAGAAACUUAAGCCACUUUAUGUUAAUAUGGUGGAUGUGGCUUUAGAAGAGCUUCCUGGGGUGCGUUUGCGUGACUUGGAAGCACUAUUGGACAGGUGUCAGAGAAUCCAGGAGGGUUGUGCGGGUGCCUUGUUGGACUGGGACGAACGGUGGAACAAUCCUUUAACUUUGGCAUCCAAAGGUUGGGAGUUUAGCUCACUGGGUCAAACUGGGAAGUUAAUCUGUACCUGUUGCUGCUGUCGCAAAACUCUGUGUGUGGACAUGAAAUUUGAUACUGAGCCUACGGAGUCAUCGAGGAAAUCGUACUGGAUUAACGGUGUUAUUAAUGCGCACGAUAGUAGCUGCCCCUGGAGGGAGAAUCAGUUCGAUCUGGAUAAAGAAUAUUAUUUGAAAGAAUCCAACCUGAUAUGGGAUAUCACAAGAAUGCACAGGUCACUUUUAAACGCUCCUGAUCUACGAAAUGAAGAUGUGGCCCGUUCAUAUCUAGCAACACAACAGUUGACACAGUUGAAGCGGUUAUUCAGCUGUGGUGAUCACAGUGAUGCAUUGGUAGUCUUGCUACGAGGUUACUAUUUUAUAGACAAUGAGCCCAAAAUUGUCCAAUGCGCGGGAUGCUUUAGAAAGACAUUCACCGAAAACGUAUGGAAUAGUUCCAAAUUGAAUUACCACGCCAAAUGGUGCAGGUACCGCAAGGAAACGGAACUACCCUUCAUGAUCUUGAAAUCGCUUCGAAAAGACAGCGAGGACAACAGCAUGACAGAAAGACUACAUAAUCUUGAGACAUAUCUAGAGGAUAUAUAA